AGGCCGGUUAGUCAAGACUGACAUGUGCAGGGUGCAUAUUUCCAUUUAAUACUAGAAGUCGGGUUUUUGUAGUCAGGCUGACUCAGGUAGAAUUGAGUAGCAAAAAGCGACCAUGACUAGUACCAGGGAAGAAGGGACGGAGGUUGGCCUUAUGUCACGACCGAAGAACGACGAAGAUGUUAUUAGCGUCUCAGACGAGCACGAAGCAGGUAGCGAGGAAGGAUUCGAAGAUGUACGGGCAGAUGAAGGUGGCUCAACAAGUGAAGAUGACGAUGACGAGGAUGCGAAGGACCAUACUCUUUCAGUGCCAGUAUGCAUGUUUGAGUACCGCCAAAACGAUCCUAAAGCCGACACUGGGAUGAAGCUCUGUCGGUUGGGGAUUGCAAAGUGCUUGCGCUCACCCAAGACACCGUUUCUAGGCAUCUUAUUGUCGACCGAGACAGAUAUUGUCGCUUCGCCAGAGGAUGCGGCAUUGGUGGAAAAGCAUGGCGUCGGCGGCAUCAACUGUUCCUGGAACCAGCUGGACAAGGUUGGGUUUAAGCAAUUGGGCAAGACCCGGAAUCAUCGCACCUUGCCUUUUCUCCUUGCCGCCAACAGCACAAAUUACGGUAGACCGUGCAAACUGUCCACGGCAGAGGCGAUUGCGGCGUUGCUGUAUCUUACUGGGCAAAGACGAGACGCGAAAAAGGUCUUAUCAGUGUUCAAAUGGGGCAGCCAUUUUUGGGAAUUGAAUGCGGAGUUUUUCUCUGCCUACCGACAGUGCGGAACGAGUGCUGAAAUUCGUGCGGCACAACAAAGUAUUUUGGGCAAAGCGAACGCCGCGAAAAGUUCAAAAGCAUUGUCACUAGAGCAAAAGUUGGGUAAUCUGUCUUUAGACAGCAGCAGUCACGAUGCUUCCACCCAAGAACACGUGUCAUCCGGUAGUAAAACGGCCCCUGCUGGUCGUACUAGUGGUAGAAGUAGCCCACCUCCGAAAGGGGUUACAGAAAACACAUCCACUCCGCCGACCCAGGAAAAAGCAAGCGGCGGCGGAUAUGAUGACAUCUAUGCUGGGCUGACAUCAUCUGACGAAUCGGACUCUGAAGAAGAAUGAGCUACAAAUGAUGAGUCUCCGAGAAUUCCCUUUGUAAACAAACAUCCUGCGCCCUUCUCUGUCCACACCCGGUACACGAAGACUCACAGUUCAACUAUUUCAAUAUCUAUGCUCCAUGUCAUGGGUCUGAAAUUUAU